UGCUGCAGAAUUUAUUAUGGUAAUGAAUGUUAAUGAGGGGGGCGGGAUGCGACAAGUGAGUAAGUGACGUCACCCGCUGCCCGCAGAGAGUGAAACAAACAUGGCGACAGACUGGAGUGGACAGGGACACAUUAUAACUUUAAUCGUUUUUCUUUGGAGCGCCGUUGGUGGACGUACAGAGACAGCGAGUGUAAUCGGGACCCAAGUGUUGGGCAUGCGGCUGGAGAGGAGUGAUAAACCGGCCACGACAACAGAAGAUGGGGUCAUUCAGGUAACAGAAGAGAGCACUGUCCAGCUCAGGUUUUAUGGGGUGCAGUUCAACUCGGACUCCUCGUCAGAGAUAAGGUUCGUGGAACACGGGGAGGGUGAGGAUGAGAAAUAUUAUAACGGCGAUGCUAACAGGACUUGUACUGAUUUCACCAAAGAUUUCACCAUCAGUAGCUUCAUGAAUGUCAGCAGCAGAGGUACAUCAGGGAUGGUGAGCAUCAACAUCAAACCGCUCCGCAAGACCGAAAGCGAGAAAGAUUAUAGCCUCUGCGUGAGGGACGGUCCGGGGGACAAGUGGAUCCUGUUGGGGGACAACGAGGGCAGGGUUCGGGUGGUUGAGGAGAAGAAGGCAUUCUUGCCACUGUGGUGCGAGGUAAUCCUUGUCUCCACUCUGUUAGUACUGUCCGGUCUAUUCAGCGGGCUUAAUCUCGGACUAAUGGCUCUUGAUCCUAUGGAACUUCGUAUCGUCCAAAGUUGUGGUACCGAGAAAGAGAGAAGGGAUGCUCGCAAAAUCGAGCCUAUUCGCAGGAAAGGAAACUACCUGCUGUGUUCACUUUUGCUCGGCAAUGUGCUUGUCAACACCACCUUGACCAUUAUGUUGGACGAAUUGAUCGGUUCGGGACUUGGGGCAGUGGCCGCCUCCACUGUGGGUAUUGUAAUUUUCGGUGAGAUAGUUCCCCAGGCUCUCUGCUCCCGUCACGGUUUAGCAGUGGGGGCUAACACCAUACAGUUGACCAAAUUCUUUAUGUUUGCCACCUUCCCGUUAUCUUACCCCAUCAGUAGGCUCUUAGAUUGUGUCCUGGGCCAGGAGAUGGGAAAUGUGUACAACCGAGAGAAACUGGUGGAGAUGCUGAAAGUAACUGAGCCUUACAACGACCUGGUGAAAGAGGAGCUCAACAUGAUCCAGGGAGCAUUAGAGCUGAGGACCAAAACUGUGGAGGACGUGAUGACCCCUAUCGCCAACUGUUUCAUGAUCCACACGGACGCAAUCCUGGACUUCAACACUAUGUCGGACAUAAUGGAAAGUGGCUACACUCGCAUACCGGUGUAUGAGGACGAGCGCUCAAACAUUGUUGACAUUCUGUAUGUCAAGGAUUUGGCAUUUGUGGAUCCAGAUGACUGCACCACGCUCAAAACUGUCACCAAGUUCUACAACCACCCUGUCCACUUUGUCUUCCAUGACACUAAGUUGGACGCCAUGCUGGAGGAGUUCAAGAAAGGGAGGUCUCACCUGGCCAUCGUGCAGAAGGUAAACUGUGAGGGAGAGGGGGACCCCUUUUAUGAGGUGCUGGGCCUGGUCACUCUGGAGGACGUUAUUGAAGAGAUCAUCAAGUCAGAGAUCCUGGACGAGUCGGACCUCUACACUGACAACCGUAACAAGAAAAAGGUGCACCCUAACAAGAGCAAGCGGGACUACUCAGCCUUCAAAGACGAGAGUGAAUCUAAAGUGAAGAUCUCCCCUCAGCUGCUACUGGCCGCACACCGCUUCCUGGCCACAGAGGUGAACCUCUUCAGUCCACUCCAGAUCUCUGACAAGGUUCUGCUGCGGAUCCUCAAGCACCCCGACGUCAUCCAGGAGCUCAAGUUCAACGAGAGCGACAAGCGCGCGCCACAGAACUUCCUGUACCUACGCGGCAAGCCCGUUGACUACUUCAUCCUCGUCCUGCAGGGUCGCGUGGAGGUGGAAGCUGGACAUGAAAACAUGAAGUUUGAGACGGGUCCCUUCUCCUACUAUGGAGUCAUGGCCCUUACCAGCCCCUCACUAGCGGUGACCCCCCCGCUCUCUCCUUCGGGGGUGGCACCUCGGCCGCGUCGCCUCUCUCUUAAGCGCUUCUCUCUGUUCACGCGCUUCCCAGAGUUCCGCAGCCCAUCCCAUCUGAGUGGUCUGAACCGCUCGGCGUCUCUGAGCUGCACGGAGCGAGUGGAUUCCAUGUCGGUCAGUGGCAGCAACACGCAGCUCAACAACGCCCCCUGCCCGCAGUACACCCCCGACUUCAGUGUCCGCAUCCUCAGCGACGUGCAGCUCGUCAAGGUGACCCGCGCCCAGUACCAGAACGGCCUGCUGGCGUCCAGGCUGGACAGCACCCCUCAGUCCCCAGAGAGCACCCAUGCUCUGCGGUCGCUGGACUACCCACACCCCCCGCAAACACCCCUGCCACCCCCAACCCCACCUGCCUCCAAGAUCACCUUCAACAGCUCCCCCUCCUCCACCGCUGCCAAGACCAGCAGCGCCUCCACGGCUAGCAUCAAGACCAGCACCGCCUCCACGGCAACCAUCAAGACCAUCAGCUCCGCUGCUGCCGCCCCGACGACCACCAACAGCAAACCCAGCAACCCCAGCACCGUCAUCACCAUGACGACGGGGACCGGAGCUGGGAGCCGUGGUUCCAUAGGUCGUCGUGGCGACAGCCUGGACGAGGCGAGCACGCUGCUGAACAGCAGUCAGCAGGCCCAGAACCAGAACUCCAACCAGAACUCCAACCAGAACUGCAUGGCCGGACGGCGCCACAGCCACGGACCGAGCAGCACGCAGGCGACACACUCUCCGCAGCUGCCUCACCCACUCUGCCACCUUCUCACACACGCACACACCGAGAGCACCAUCUGACACAGGCCACACGGGGUGGGAAGGAGGAUCCAAAGAUAACCAACAUACACACACGCACACACACAUAUACCCUUUGUAUUUAUGUUCUACAGUGGCACAUAGUCUUAGAAACAUACUAACAAACACAUAAACGUACACACACACACACACACACACACACACAUACACACAAUCAAAUGGAAACAUGCAUCCUCCCCCAUCUCAUCCUAUAGCCACUAGGUGGAGCUAGAGUACAUGACAUGAUGUUUGUAAACACUGAGUAGAUUUGGUGGACACUUGCGUAUCUGAAGACUGACACACAUAUGCAGUUAGUGGGCACUACAUAGAGAGAGUGUACACAAGAUGGAGACAACCUACUACUGAAGUUUCAACUGGAAUUGCAUCCCAUUUCUGAAGAGGACACUGUGUUGCGCCCCCCCCCCCCCCCUUCUUCUUCUCAUUUUCCUCUUCAGCCUCUUUCAGUCUCUCUUUCAUACCUCCCUCACUCUUUUCUAUGUCUGUGUCCUGCGGAGAUGACAGCUGGAGCUGGACUAGAAAUAUAGUUGUGUGUGUGUGUGGCUGCAGGUCCAGCCAAGAGGGGGCGCUGUGGAGCCCAGCCUCACGCCCAAGGAAUGAUCAUUUCACUGGAAUGGCCUGUUUGAGAAAUGGCCUCGUAGCUGACCCAGAUGGUGCACACUGGGUUGGCUAUACACACUGUAUAUAUAUAUAUAUAUAUAUAUAUACCUCUUAUUUUCCCAACGGUCAGGUAAAUGUGUGUGUGUGUGUGUGUGUGUGUGUGGCAUGCAGAAAACAUGUAAAACACUGUACCCAUGUGGAAGUAGAGAUUCAUAUAUUUUAAGUUCUUAUGCACUUUGAUGAACCUCAAUUUCAUGGGCCACUCACACGUCUUGUGUGUUCUCUAAACAGGCGAGGGGGUUUAAAAUGUGUGACCCCUACUAGCUGACAGGAGUGGGGGAUUUUGACCACUCAAAAGAGUCUGCACAAAAACAAAAUCCAAGUCUCCGAGAGUCUAAAUUGAAUUGUCCAUUGCUUUAUGAAGUAUGUAUUUCCCCGUAAUUAUUUUCUCCUUCCAAAGUGGGUGACGGGCGUAUGUGUAAUGUAAUAUAAGGAAAUCUGAGACAUCAUUUGAAAUGGUGCUCUGAUGGACUGUACAUUAGUGUGUUUGACCUCACUGGAUGAGCCUUACUUCCUGGUUCCAUGCCCCAGGAAGUGAUUUAGGAGGUGAAAGGUCAUGCAGCUGUUGCUGCUCUUUGGCUUCAAAUACCAACUUGUAUGCUACAGAUUUGAAGUAUAAUUUAUUCAAGGAUACCUACAAAAUAUUUAUUUAGAGUUACAAUAUAUUUAUUUUGCCUAAAUUAAUUUGUACAUAAGUGAUUUUAUUUGUUGGGCAUCCUUUCAGUAUGUUUUAUAAUUCUACGUUUUACUGUUACUUUAACUGUUUGACAUCAUUUCCAUUCGGGUUUUUUGUUUGUUUGUGUUUGAGUGUUCAGUUGAGACUGAGGGAAGGGUCACUGGAUAACAACCUCUUCUGCAGUCACUAUACCAAGACCAAUCUAAUCCAUUGUCCAAAUCUACCUGUAGCAGAACUCUGACAAAGCACUACCUUCUUUACUGAUCUCUCUAGAAGUGUGUGUGUGUGUGUGUGUGAGUGUUUGCUUAUUUGUUUAUUUAUUUUAUUUAUUUUUGACUGACAACUCUCUGAGAAAAACACGCCAUCCGUGUUUUGCGGCCUCCCUCCGAGAGGAACACGGAUGGCCGUGUGGGAGAGAACAUUCCAGAACUGGUCAACAACUGUGGCUUUGGUGGUGCGCGCUGUGACACACAAACUUCACUGUGAACAGAAAAAAAAAAAAAAAAAAAAAAAAAAAAAAGAACUCUGAGACUACUACCACUGUCCGCUACUGUCCCAGAUCUCCUCAGCGCUCUACGUGAUCACCUCAGCUGCCCCGUCGUUACCCUUUUUACGUGCUCCACAGGUCUGGCCGGGUCCUCUCAGCAGCGGCAACGGCACAGCGGACCUGGAUUUAAAUAGAGGUUCCCUCACAAGGGAGGUCAGGCUUCCUUUAAGUACAUGUAGCAUAGAGACCUUUGCCUGCCUGGCCAUGUUGAACGUCCCUUCAGCAUGAUAGUCGGCCAGUCCUCUCCACUGACAUACCUGAGGAAAUCUAUGGUUAUUAUAUUUAGGCACCGUCAUACACUUGUUCUCAGUCCUUCAGUUUUAUUUUUGUAGCAAAUCAUCUCAAGUGUUCUGUUCAAAUUGUAUGUUUAAAUAAGCUAAGUAGUGUUGUGCAUGCCUGGUUGUUUGGGAUCGUUCCCAUGUAAAAAAAAAGUUCUUCCAUUCAUAAUUGUUCAAGAGUUUAAAAAAAUUCAGCCAAUGGAAUAUACUUUUGCAAGGCAUACAAUGUUGUUUUUUUUUAUUAUUAUUAUUUUAUGUCACUAUUGACUUAUUUAUUUGUCUUUGUAGCAUUUUAAAUGGUCAAUUAGUGGAAUUUGGUUCUAGAGAUGUUCUAGAAGGUUGUUGUUGCCUUUCCAAGGGCUCUGUAAAAGAGAAGCAAUAUAGAAAGUUGGAUGUUUUUCUGAAUAAGUUGUACCGAAUAGACUCACACAAUGCCGCUAGUCGUGUCUUUCCCUUCAGAGUUCACUUUGUUUUGGUCAGCAAACCUGGGGGCCAGCACAUUGGGAAGGAUCAGUGACAUUUUCCGCUGAAAAUGUUGAGCUUGUGUUAACAUGACCAAAGUUACAGAAACACUGCGUUUGAAUCAGUAACCACAUGGAAAUGGUUAGUCAGACCACGUUGGCCAAAGGCUUUUGCACUUUAUUUUUGUUCCCCACAAUUCAAAUAGUUCCAAUCUCCUCCCCCAGGGAAACCUGUGCAUGCAUACCCACCCCCCUCGGUCCCCUACCCUCUCCUCGCGAGGGGGGGGGGGGGGGGGGGGGGGGUUACUCUUACUCUGAUCUGAAUUAAUGAAAUUCUUCUCGGCUGCUGGACGGCGGUCCACCUCCGGUCCAAAUUUGGUAAUAAGCAGCUUAGAGAUCUUCCAAAACCUUUUGACCCUUUCAGCUUGAGUUAGGCAGAGCCCCCCCCCCCCCCGAGACUGAAACGGCAGGGAGGUGGGGAGAGAAGGGUUUCAAAACUCAGCAGGCGAUGGGGCCUUUUUUUCCACUGGCCCAGAAUUUGGCCAGUUAAUGUUUUUCAGGCCAGUUAAUGUUUUUCAGGCCAGUUAUCUUGAGUCUUCAUCUACAGAGCAGUGAUGGUGAACCGGAGGGCACUAGACCAUAUCGUCGUUCCUGGACUCCAUGCUCCUGCUUCUCAACCACAGCAUUCUAGUCUUCCAUUGACUCUCAUCUGUGGUUUGAAGCAGGGAUUACAAACAAACACAUCCACACCGUUUGUUAUUGACUGGGAAAAACAUGGGGUGAACCACAAUGACAAAGUUUUAUCUGUCUAUUGUAAGGACUGAUGCAAUAUUCAAAAACAUGUUCUUUUCUCCAGGUUUUUGUUUUAUUUAUUGUUUUUGUCUUUUGUUUUUAGGUAUGGACCAUUUCCUUAAUGGUGGAUUUGAAGUGUUUGGUUGUUAGAGUAUGAGAAUCACUGUGUUGAUGUAUUGCAAGCAGCAAUAUUGAGUUUUCCUUGUUCUAGUAACUGUUAAGGAUGUUUCGGCAAGCACAUGUACUGUAGGUGUACAAGUGUUCAACUGAAAGGAAAGUGUACAUACUGUUUUUUAUUUAUAUAUAUCCUUUAUAUAUAUAUAAAUAAAUAAA